AUGAGAGAUGCCGUGAAUGUGAAUAUUUCUGAUCAGUAUGAAUCAUUGAACCGACCUCCGUACACAGGAGCACACAUCCCACAACAAAGAAGCACGCAUGAUCAAUCGUCACCGAAUGUGGAAAGUUUAUUGGGCAAAAUGGCAUCUAAGUUGCAAGACGGAAUUGAUAGACCUCGACCUGAGUUAUUGCAUUUUAGUGGAAUAGAGACUGAAUAUGUCCGGUUUAUCACUAACUUCAACUUAAAUAUUGAUAGAAGAGUACAUGAUACAAGUACAAAGUUGUCAUAUUUGAAAAAGACUGCGGCUGCAAAUACGCCUUAUGGAAAAGCCUUGAGAGCUCGAAGGGAGCAAGAACAGCAACAUCGUUUACGAUUUCAAUCAUCGAAUAGGCGAAAGAUUCACGCUCAUUCUACUGCUGUGACUUCAGCUGUUGACAGCAGUGUUACCAGUGCAAAACACAUUGAAAAGGGAAGAGAUGUCUGUCCUGACUCUUUAUCUCACGAGAGAAACAGUGAUGUUCACAUUCAUUGCGUUCAAGUGCAAGAGGAAGACUUGCCGAGUCAGCAAAUCAAGUGUUUGUGGGAAAGUGAUUUCAAAGAUGCUUCACUGUCGCCUAUUCCAUCAAUGUCUAAGGAAGACAAAUAUGCAUUGCAGUUGAUGGAAGAUUCAGAUGAGAUCGUGAACGGACAUUAUCAGUUACUAUUGUCAUGGAAGCCAGGAUGCCCUAAUUUGCCAGAUAAUGGAAGUGUUGCGAUGAAACGCCUAAAGUACAUUGAACGAAAAUUGAAGAGUGAUCCUGUUUUGAAAAUGAAGUACUGUGAUACUAUGAAGAAAUAUAUUAGUCUUGGAUUUGCAAAACGUAUCUCGAAUGAAUAUAAAGUUGGUCGUAAAGGUGCAGUUUGGUACUUGCCUCAUCCCUGUGUUUUCUGGACAAAAGCCAGACAACAUGAAAUAGCUAUUGUGGCUGACAUCGAAGCAAUGUUCCAUCAGGUGAAAGUGCACCCGAAGGAUUGGAAUGUAUUGCGAUUUAUGUGGUGGCCUGGAGGUGAUUUGUCACAAGAUCCAUCAGAAUAUUUUAUGGUCAGGCACAUAUUUGGUAGCGUCUCAUCUCCGUUUUGUGCUAAUUGGAGCCUGAAGAAGACAGCUCAAGAUCAUCAAGAUGAAUUUGACGAUGAAGUUGUCAAAGGAGUAGAGCGAAAUUUUUAUGUUGAUGAUUACCUGAAUUGCUCAUCUACUGUAGACCAGGGAAUUCAUAUUGUCCGGAAAACGAAUAAAUUGCUGGAGAAAAAAGGAUUUCAUCUAGCAAAGUGGAAAAGUUCCAAUCCUGAGGUUCUGUCUGAGAUUCCUGCUAAAGACAGAGCAGACUCUGCAUCAAGUGUAAAUUUAGAACCUGAAAAGAUCGAUCGAGUACUCGGAAUAAAGUGGAAUAUCCAAGAAGAUUGUUUUGGAUUUGAUGUUAAUUUGAAAUCAAAACCCGCAACAAAACGAAGGAUUUUGUCUGUACUCAGUUCGAUAUUUGACCCGACGGGAAUAGUGGCACCUGUAAUAUUUAAAGCGAGGAUUCUGAUGCAGCAGUUAUGUCGAAGUAAUUAUGGAUGGGACGAUAAAAUAUCGAAUAGUGAAAAUUUAUUGUGGAACAGAUGGCUCGAAAAUAUCCCUGGACUUGAGAAUAUAUUCAUGCAAAAAUGUUUUGCGCCUUCUGGUUUUGGAAAUAUUGUGACUCGUCAAAUACACCAUUUUGCAGAUGGCUCUGCAGUUGCUUAUGGAACUGUAUCAUAUUUGCGACUGAUAAAUGAAGAUGGAAAAAUUCAUGUUGCCUUUCUCUUAGGAAAAGCUCGACUAGCACCCAUCAAAACUGUUUCAAUACCACGAUUGGAGUUAACUGCAGCAGCUCUUGCAGUUAAAUUAGAUUUAUUCCUGAGACGGGAAUUAGACUUCAAAGAAAUAGAGUCGAUGUUUUGGACAGACUCAACUUCCGUGCUCUUAAGUAUUAACAAUACAUCACGAAGAUUUCCAACAUUUGUGGCAAAUCGUCUUGCAAAGAUUGAAGAUGGAUCGAAUGCUUUGCAGUGGAGAUAUGUACCUACAGAUUUGAAUCCCGCAGAUGAUGCAUCCAGAGGAUUGUCGGUACAAUCGUUGAUGGAUGAACGAUGGCUGAAGGGACCAUCAUUUCUCCAAGAGCAGGAGGAACAUUGGCCUAAACCGCCAGUGCAGCUCCCUGAUGAAUUUCCAAUGGAUAAAUUCAUUUCAUAUUUCUCAACAUGGUAUAAGUUGAAAAAGGCAAGUGCAUGGAUGAUUCGAUUCAAAGACUACUUUCAUAAGAAGAAGGAAAAUUAUAGGUGCAAUGAGAAACUUGAAGUUGAAGAAUUGCGAGUUGCUGGAGACGAUAUUUUGAAAUACAAACAGAGACAAGAAUUUGGCGAAGUUAUUGAUGCCUUGCUGAAAGACAAUCAAAGAAGUACAUCUGGAAAACAAGUACUGGAGAGAUUAAAGAUUUUCAAUUUACCCGCAUAA